AGUUUUCGUGUUCACUUUGAUGAAUCAGUGAAGAUGGUGCUGUCGAACAAGAAGCUGAAGCAGAAGAUUCGACAAGGUUUGGUUGAAUCUCUAUCGGUCACGGUAACCGAAACCAAUCCAGAUUCCGUCUCGAACUUGCAAUCUCAGUCUCUGAAAGAGCUCCUUGAUUCAGCCAGCCACAGACCCAGAUUGUCAAAGAGAGAGAAACGAAGAAACAGCGAUACCUGCGCAAGAGAAGACGAGCCCAAUGAAGGAAUCCGAGACAUGGAAAUGGAGGGUGUCGUUGAGAAAACUGAUAACAAGGAUAGGAAGAAGAGGAAGAGAGACGAUACUGUGGAAGGCGAAUUAGGUGAAGAAGAACAAGGAGAUGAAGGCACUAAGGAAGGGGAGGAAUCCCAUAAGCAGAAGCAGAAAAAGAAGAAGAAGAAGAAGAAGAAUAAGAAAAGAAAGGCAAACAAAACGCCAGUGAAGGCUGAGGAAGGCAAUUUAGAAGAUAAAAUUAAGUCAGAAGAGAUUCAAGUUGAUACAGAGAGUAAAGAAGAAGAUGGGAUUGUUCCUAAGAAGAUAUAUGUUGGGGGUAUUCCUUAUCAGAGCACAGAAGAUGAGAUUCGUAGCUACUUCAGAAGCUGUGGGGUCAUCACAAAAGUUGACUGCAAGAUGCGUCCUGAAGAUGGGGCAUUUACUGGGAUUGCUUUCAUCACCUUUGAAACCGAAGAUGGAGCUAAUCGUGCUUUGGCUUUUGAUAGAGCUGCAAUGGGUGAUCGAUUUUUGACAAUCCAGCAAUACGUGAAAACCACAACUUCCAUUCCCAGAAAGGAGACCUCUUCUGGCUUCGCUCCAGAAAUGGUGGAUGGUUAUAACAGGGUAUACAUUGGGAAUCUAGCCUGGGACACAACAGAGCGGGACAUACGGAAACUCUUCUCUGACUGCGUAAUAAACUCAGUGCGGAUUUCAAAGAGGCAGAGUGUUCUGGGCCCAUGGAUGGCGCUUAAGCUGGAUCAGCAGGUUAUCUGCGGAAGACCAGUCAAGAUUUGCUGUGCUCUUAAAGAGAGAACAGCAGGGGAUAAUAAUACUAAUCCAACACCUGGUGAAGCGAACAAUGUUGAUUCGUACAGCAUGGAAAAGACUUACGCUGCUGAAGAUCCGAUACCGGCUUUAGCUGUGCCUAAUGAAGUUAAUAACGGAAACUACUUUGCAACCACGGUGAGCAGUGGUAAGAUCAAAAGGAGGUCCUGUUAUGAGUGUGGAGAAAAGGGUCAUCUUUCUACAGCUUGUCCCAAGAAGUUUCAAAGUGCUCAUGAUCAGGCAAACGCAGAGCUGGAUCAAGUGACUGUUAACGCAAAGCCGGCUAUGCUAAGCUAUGAGCUUCAAAAGAGCGAUGGUGAUUCUUACACGAAUGAGACAUAUACUGCUACAAAUGAAGCUCAUAGUGAAAGCUUAGCAACUGUGGUUAGCAUUGGUAAGAUCAAAAGGAGGUCCUGUUAUGAGUGUGGAGAAAAAGGUCAUCUAUCAACAGCUUGUCCUAAGAAGCUUCAAAACACUGAUCACACGAACUCAAAGCUGGAUCACCAGACUGUUGAGGCAGGACCGAUUCAGGUAACAAGCUAUAGUCUUCAAACUGACAACAAUAGCGGUUCUAAAAUGGACGAGACAUAUGCUGCUGAUCCGAUUGCUGUUGCUGCCACAAAUGGUGCCAACGACGGAAGCUUAGCGUCAGCGGUUAGCAUUGGUAAGAUCAAACGGAGAAUAUGCUACGAGUGUGGACUAAAGGGUCAUCUUUCAACAGCUUGUCCCAAGAAGCAGCAAAAAUAGAGGUGAACCCGCAAGCCCUAUACAAAGACGGGCUUAAACAUUGUAACGAAAUGUUCAAAUUUGUUACAUUUUAAAGUGAGAUGUUAGGAAUUGGAUCAUUGGGUAGGACAGUGGAGUUUUGGUCCUCUCUGUUUAGAAAAAUCAAAUGAUUUUGUUCUGUAUUGUUUUAUGAUCUUAUUAUAGAAUGCUUCCAAUCAACAAGCUAUUUUUCUCA